UUAGAGAUAUGGUAGCACCUUUCUACAUCGGCUCGGUAAACUAGCAACACAGUCUUUUGAUUGCUGUCACCAUCAGGCAUCAAAUGCUUAGACUCCGAUCUGAUUAAAAAUUAUUUUAUAUCGUCAGGAAUAUAAGCAAAAAAUUCAUUGUGAUAGGCGCACGCGUCAAAUUAUCUGCCUUCGUAGGGCGUUCAUGUUUCGUGUAAAAAAUGAUUAAUUUUACAAUAAAGACUUUAGAUUCCAAUAACCACCAGUUCUCUGUCGAAGAUGAGAUCACGGUGGAGCAGCUUAAACAGAAGGUGCAUGAGCAGAUGGGCAUCGAGCCAGGCCUGCAGCGACUCAUCUUCUGCGGCAGAGUACUACAGGAUGAGAAGAGACUCGCGGAAUAUGAUGUCCAAGGCAAGGUCGUGCAUUUGGUCCAGCGCGCCCCACCAAGCCCGGAGACCCGGCAGGGUGCUCCGAGUGCACCCAACACCAGCGGCGGUACAGCCGAAGGUCAAAAUGGCAGUUCCAACAUGCAACAGCAAAUCAGGAGGCUGAUGUCACUCAACGGUCCCUCUGACUCCGGAGUGGACCAGCAAGCCUUGUUGCCGACGAUCGGACGCCUCGAAUUCAUUCGACGGAUGAUAGCUGAGAUCAAAGCUUCGCUCGCCUCCCUUAGAGCCCACGUCGAAGGAGAGGAAAAUAGGAGUUCGCCAGCAAGCGGUGAAAAUCCUACAGAGCAGAUGGAAACAGAACCAACACCGACGACUCAGCCAGAGGAGCCCGAACCUUUGCUUGACGAAAAUGGAGAUGAAACAACACCGGAUGGUCGGCCGCGCGCCCAUAUUCCCGGACGCAGGAGUUACCGGGCCAUUCGGGCGCUACGUUAUACUCGACCCCGCGACCUCGCUCAACUGCUCGAGGAAUUGGAGACACUUCAGGAGCAGUUCGCACCAUAUCGAGCCAACUACAUCAGGAUGCUGCAAGCUGUUCAUAAUCCUGAGCCACCGGUAUUCACCGAAGAAGAGCGCAUCAGUGCCCAGCGCACAGUGGACAUGGUUUCGGACAUAAUGCAUAGUUUCGCUCACGCGUACCACGCCGUCAGCGAUAUUAACUUUCAAGUGGGCCAGCGCAGUCGUAACCCGCGCAUCACUUCCGAGUCCAGCAUUGUUCGCCAUCCCAUCCCGAUGCAGGCUCACAUUAACGUGGUUCAAUCUAAUCGACGAUCGCCGCAACAACAGCAGCCUCAGCAACAGCAGAGCCAACAACCGCAGCAACAGCCACAACAGCCGCAACAGCAGCCGCCGCAGCCGACACAGCCGCCGCCGGCCCCGCCACAGCCGCAGCCCCAGACCCAGCCCCAGCCCCAGCCCCAGCCCCAGGCCCAACAACGAGCAAACACCGCCACCACUGGCAAUGCCAACGCAAGAGCUUCGGCCACACAGACCUCGGCAAACACUACUGGAAGUAACACGACCACUCAGGGAACCCGCCAUGCCUCCGCCACCGCCGGUAGGACUACCCAACCGACCGUCAAUAUCAAUAUUCAGCCAGAUCCCAUCACGUAUCAAGUAGAGAUAGAAACCAGGGUCCCCAUCGCGUUCCCCUUAGAGAAUGCGCUACUUAACGGGCUUACCAACGCCGCCGCCGUGAUGAACAGCGCCCAGGAGCAGCAGGGCCAGGGCCAGGCAGGCCAGGCCAACAGGCGCCAGGUGCUCCUCGAUUUUGAGAAUUUAUUUAGAGGAUUGAGCCAGACUGGAAGUCUUGGUGGCGUAGAAGUGGUCAUGAGUAUGGAAGAGAUCCCUCACGGAGGCGCUGUGGGCGUGGGCCACAUUGUGACUGGGAAUAAUAAUAACGCCGGAGGAGGCAAUGCCACUACCGGUCAGCAGCAACAGCAACAGCCUGUUACUGUUACUGAUGGCGGAGUAUACGUAGCCCCGAUGCCGUGGGGCGGCCCGCCAAGUGCUGAUCUGCUGCAGAACAUUGUAUCAUCCGUGAUCCGCCAAGGCUUGGUCCCCGGCGUAGAGGGCGUGACCCUGCAGAUUCCGACCCAGAUUGGGUCACAGGGUGGGGCCCAGACUGGACAGGCCCAAGGCCAGCAAGGCUCACAGACCGCUCAAGGUCAGAAUACACAGAAUGCUCAACCGAACCUGCAUCUCCGCCGUGCCACAACGACUACGCGUGCUCAAGCCGUGACGCUUCCCAACUUGACACGACUUGACUACGACAGAUUCUUGCAGUGUGACAGCCAACACGCUCGCCGCCGUAUCCAACGCCGCAGGGAGCAACAGCAACAACAGAUUGUGGCCCAAGAACGCGCCCGCGCCGAGCGCAUCGCCGCCCAACACAUUGAGUAUCUCAUGCAGCGCAACCAUCACAUUAACAUUGAUCACAUGACUAUUAUAACGAGUCUUCUAAGCAACGCUCCCUCACAGGAGUCUUGGUUCACCGCUUUCUUACUCACAGUUGCACGUCAUUUGUUCCUGUCUGAACCACUGCAGUCAUUGAAUUGCGAGCCAGUGCUAAUUCCCCACGAAUUCAUGCAGUUGCGCCUUCUGCUGCGUAACUACAUACAAAACUUGACUGUGCGCGCCUCUGCUGAAAACAACGACUCCUCGGUACAGAGCGUCACUGAUUUCUUCGUCAAUGCAUUCCGCGAUUUUAUCGAGGAAAUGCCCAACAUAACACCGUUACGUGAGGAAUUCGACCCAUAUACUUCCAUCCGUUCUUUAUUCCGUGCCCGUCUGCCGGCCCUGAUCGGGGCUGUAAUGUCUGACUCUAUGGAUGAGAUGCUCGUUGCCCGGUUCUAUGCGAUCUUCUCACGGCUCUACACAGACUUCUGCACGCUGAUCUCGCAUCUAUGCGUCGAAGGCCUCGAAGGUUUACGCAUACUCUACAGAAGAUUCUUGGAACUAAGAAUUCGCUACUUUGAUAUGUCCAUUCAAGGAAUGGUGUUGGUCAUUGCCAACGAGAAUCUGAAUGCUAUAAUCAACACACUUGGCUCCCACUGCGCUCAUAUUCAACAGCAUUUGCACCGCCGCCCCGGAGCUGCUCAAUCGCCACCAACAGAUGAGGAUGCCGAAGAACCGACUCCGAUGGAAGUGUCACCGCCGGCGGCGCCCGUGCGCGAUGAGCCAAUGAACAACUCCUCAGCUACCACGAUACAGAGCAACGAGACCCAGUCCAGUGGCUCCUCAGUCCAAGAAGACACAGCUACGAUGGCCACCACAUCCACGACCUCACAGUCUGAUGCUCCCAACGCCACGACCCCUACAACACCCGCUCGUGUUAUGUCCCCGAAGGAACGGAGCGAACCUGCAACUCCGACACGCAACGCGAACGACCAAAACAUACGAUUCGUUCCUCCGUUGACUAUACUGCAGCACUGGGGCGAGGAGUGGGUGCCGGUGUUCACUCGCGAUCAGGAGCGCCAACGCCCGGAGCCGCAGGAGCCCUACAGCGAUGCCUACAUUUCUGGUAUGCCCUCGCGUAAGCGCCGCUGCCUGCGUCAGUCGCGGCCACCUACUACACUUAACGCUUUCAUGGAUGAGAGUGUUCGCGACGUGGCCAAUGACCGGCCGGCCAUCGCUCAGGCUCAAGCGCCCGACACUGCGCCAAUGAGGGUGGCUUUCCGCGAAUAUAUGCGCAACUUGGUGCGUGAGAGAGCCGCCAACUCCGAUGACUAUGAUCCAACGCGCUUCGCUUCUGCCGCGCGGUUCAUUCAUGCGACCAGGACAAACAACUUACCGAAGCCACAAGAGAAUGGAAAUGCGGAGCCAAAGGAAGAGGAGUGAAUCGUAUAUUAAGCCAUUAUAUUAGGCUUAGUCAAUAGUACUUCGCUUAUAGACGAUGGCGUUCUUUUUGUAGCAAUUAGGACAUAUAGUUUCAAAUUUUCUCUCAAUGUUUACAUAUAUCAAUGCAAUAGAAAUACUACUUAAUUAAGGAACUCGAUUAGAAAGACUUGGGUUUUCGGAUUGUACUAUCGAAAGGGCUCUCGGUCUAAUUGUGUAAAGCUAACAAAAUGUUUAACACGCGGUGAUACGGAUUGGUGCAAAUUUUGAGAAGUCUGCUUUUCUUAUAUUCGUCACUACAAGUGACUUAUUCGGAAAACAAUGUAGGAUCGUUUGUCGGAAUGUUUACUCUAAUAUUGUAGUGAAUAAUUGCCAAGACCUAAAUAUGUAAUCGAUAUUAAAGUAGUAACAGUAAAUUGUUAGGAUGUAAUAAUCGCCUAAGUAAGCGAAUUAUCAUGUAUUCGGAUAAUGGUCGUAAUACUUACCAUAGUAUCAGCAGUAGUUCUGUGUUUUCUACUAGUACUAAGCCAUAAUGUUUUGGUUAAAAUAUCAAUGAUGUUCUAGAGUUUGUGCGAUUUACUGUGGACUGUGCACUUAUAAAACACCAGGUUUGGCAACGGAGGGGCCAUACAAAGCUUACAGACGUACAUUGAUAUUUUACGCAAAUCCGAUUAACAUAAUAUACUUACCAUUAAUAUCUACGGUUUUAAACAUAAUAUUAAUUAUAAGUACCCAUACCCCUGACCCCUUAAUUGUCUGAAUAUAUAAACUAAUCCAUACUCGUAAAAAUAUUACACAUAUUUAGUCAUUUUACUAGUUAUUAUAUUAACUAUACGAUAUUGAUAACUCAUGUUUACAAGUUUAUAAUCAUUAUCUUCCGUAUUCAUAAUCCAUAUACAUUAUACAUAGCUUACUGAGAUGAUUGGUGUUUACUAUAAUAAUACGAAAUCAUUAACACAUACUUAUAUUCUUGGUGUUUAUUAUAAUAACGAUUAAUUAAUAUUCAUUACUAUAGUUACGAUAUUUCAAGAUUCAUAGUCAAGCCGUUCUGAUGAUUGGUAUUUACUAUAAUAAAACGAAUUCAAUUAAGAAGAAUCAUGAUAAGUAUUAACACACAUUUACAAUAACGAUCAGUCAAAAUUCAUUACUGUAGCUCUGAUAUUUCGAUAUUCAUAAUCCAUAUAGGUUAGGUGGCAUUCAUUAUAAUCAUGUUUAAAUUACAACUUUCAAAGUCAUUGAAUAACAUUUCGACAUUUCGGUGUUUAUAUUACGAAUAAUAUAUAAUAUCAAUAUUCAUAAUGCAUUAGGUUACUUUACAUUGGAGUUAAUUAAUAUUAGUAGUUAUUUACAAUAUCUAAUAUAAUGAAUUAAAAUUAAUCAUGGCAUUAAUGAUAUUUAUCACACGUACCGUAUUCUUGAUGUUUGCUCGAUCAUUAAUAGCACAAUCUGUAGUUUCCAGAUGUUUCUCGUCGAUAAAUUCUAGAAGUAAUGAAAUACCCAUAACCAAUUUAAUGAAAUUUAUGACGAUCAGGUACUUGUCCUGUUGAUCCUUUAUUAAUGACAUUAUUGGUGUUAGUUAUCAAUAUAUCAUAAUACCUCUACAAUAUCCAUAAUCAAACGUUUAAUGUAGUCUUAUUGGGCGCUUAUUACACAAUAUAAAAAUUAAUCAUGAUAUGAUAAUUCCAACAUCUACAUAGCCUAUCACUUACCAUAUUGUGGGUACUUAGAAAUGUUGCUUCAGGAUACGGUUACCGAAGUCCCAUUAUAAUCUACAGUAAGUCUUGGUGUUUAAUGUAAAAUAAAAUAAAAUAAAAAUAAAAAAGCCUUUUAUUUCCUUCAGAAAAUACACACUUACAAAAUUAGUUGUUUAUUGUAGUAUCAAAAGUUUUAAUAACACAAAUAAAUUUUUAAAUAAGUUCCAGGUUUUAUAUGCACGCUUUUAAUACGUAAUAUUAUGUUUUAUUAUUCUGUAGGAACCCCACAGCAGGUAAAGGCCUCCUCCAAAAAAAGGUGUUUAAUGUAAUAAUUAUUAAUAACAGCUCAUAUAAAUGUAUAGGGUAACUGUUUAGGGUAAUUAUGUUGCACUACGAAAGGAAAUAAUAGGGUAACUUUAUGUUGAUAAAUUGUUUUUUUUCUAAUAGCGUAGUUUUUCUAACCGAGUACUAUUGUUAUCAGUUUAUCCAAUUUCAAUGAUCCCACCGAAUAAACGUAAAAAAUACGAAAUAUCUGCUGAUUUUAAUCAAGGAUUUUUCUAUUUUGAAUGGGACGACGCGACGAUAGAAGUCGUGUAGUUCAAUCAUACGGUGAUACGGUUAGCUUAGAGGACAUGUUUAGUUUUUCGGUGGGGUCAUAGAUUUGGUGUUUAUUUAUUGUUAUAAGAAAACUGAUAAUUUCUGGCAAACUUUUUUUUUAUAUUGUUAUAAGAAGAGUCGCUUGAAUUUCUGUACCGAUAACCGGUAAUACAUGUGUAGAUUGUUUUUCUUGGAAUUAAUAAAAUAAAAAAAUGUA